AUGACCCUGAACGAGCCUGUAGAUGGCGUGGCAAGCCCAGGCACCUCCCACUCCCUGCGCUCCUUCUCCCACUCACUGAAAGUGCUGCCUCUCACCAGCAGUGGGCGCUGCAGCAGCCCUCAGCCUCAGAACCUUAACCUACGGCAGCGUGCAGACUCCACAGUCCCAGAGCGCUCGAGCUCGCCGCUGCCCCCCCUGCUGACAUCGCACUCCUCCUCCGACCUGCUCAGACUGUGUAACGGGAAACCCCUGCGUGCCGCACGCUCUAGCAGCUCCUCUGCGCCCCCCGUACCCCCCAAACCCACCAGUCUCCCGCCGCCUGCGUUCUCGCUGUCCCUCCCCAAAAAGCACCUGCAGAAGCCGCACAAAAACACGGCACCGUUACCACAGUCUCUACAGCCAGAUGACUGCCCCGAGCACCAGGGCGAGCAGCCAGCGGCAGCACGCCGCUCUUCUCUGCAUCGCUCUAAGUCUGAUCUAUCGGACCGUUACGCACGCGCUGGAGCCGACGUGGAGCGCUUCUUUAACUUCUGCGGCCUUGACCCAGAGGAGCUGGAGGCCGUGGGCCCCGAGAGCUUUGCCCGUGCAAACUCUGACAUUGUCUCGUUGAACUUCAAGUCGGCGUCCAUGAUCUCGUCAGACUGCGAACGGUCGCGGAGGUCUUCAAAUGACGGCCUUUCAGACGCUGAUGACGAGGACGAGGGCGAGGAGGAGACCGGCGAGCGCGUUCCCUAUGGCAUCUCAGCAGUGGAGAGAAACGCACGGGUCAUCAAGUGGCUCUACAGCAUCAGGCAGGCCAAGGACAGUCACAAAGACAGCCACAAAGACAGCCACAAGGUGUCCCACGUUUGA